AUGCAUUAUUGGAUUAUUGGUUUUAUAAUUAUUAUUUGUCAAGAGUUUACUGUGUCAAGUAAACACAAACCAACCUUGCCUUCUCAUGUAGCCUCAGCAUUCCAAGAACCACGUAGUUCUAGUGGAUCUAUGACUUCAAUGCUCAGACCAGCACCCAAGACAAGCACAAGAAGGUUGGACAAAAACACAACAACAGUGACUGCUUCAGCUUCACAUUGGAGAAGUAGCUUUCCUUCAAUGCUGGCCACUCUAAAAGGCACAAGAAACCCAAAGAAAGCAGUGAGCAUCAUAAAAGCUACUAGUUCUACUCCUGUUGUACCUUUUGAGUCAAUCUUACCUAAAACCAAAUUUUCCAUAAUGAUCUCGGAAAUGACAGGGAAGAGCACUGGUUCUCCUUCAAUGAUGUCAUCAAAUUUUACCAGGACUGAGACACAUAAUGAAGCUUCAUUAAAUAGUACUCUUCUAUCAGACACGUCUACCACUGUAACUAUGGCAGUAACUAACAUAUCUGAGAUGAUUUCAACUACAGAACAUAUUCCUAAUCUUACUGAAAUGCCCUUUACUAAUUCUGUUCAUUUAUCCAGAACGGAAUCUACAACUAACAGCACUUCUUAUCCAACUACUAAUCAACCAUUCAAACCAGAAGAAACCUCCACUGGGCCCCCAAACUCCAUAAUCAGCAGAGAAAUUGCCAUUAGUCAGAUAAAACAUUUUGUAGUGACCCCAAACAUUGUUGUAUCUCAAGGUACACAAGCAACUACCUCAGGGUCAGAAAUAUACUCCAGUGUCUCUCAGAAUUAUUCUUUUUUGGAGACAUCUACUCUUCUGAGCAAAAGUUACAAAGCCCCAUCCAGGACAAACUCAUCACUAAAGGAAGAAAUCAGCUCUGAAAGUUCCUGGGAAACUCCAGUCAGAACAAGUUCUUCAUCACUUGUUAGUUUCACAUCACAAAGACAUCUACCUAUUACCCAUCACACUACCAGGCAAAGUUGGACCACAGCUCAGAUACAAUCUAGCACACUUGAAGAAAUAGAUUCAACCACAGAGUACAGUCCUAACCUUACUGAAGUGCCCAUGAAUCGUUCUCUUCUUGAACCUUCAACAAAAGACAUAACUACUGGGAACACAUCUUUUGUAACACUACAUAAGUCAGUAUCAGAAGAUACUUCUUUUGGAAUCACCAUUGGGACCCCUAGUUCCAGCAUCACUGCAAAAUUACAACAGUUGUCAAAUAGCCACACUGGACAUUCUAUGGUAACUUCUGAAAGCCCAUCAACCUCUGCCUCAAUCAAUGUCACUAACUCCAGUAGAGUGCAUACAUUUCCACAUCCAGAAGCCAUGGAUCCUCCCAAAAAUAUUGCUUCAGAAUCACAGACACAUACUCCUUGGGAAGAAUCCAUAUUUGCAGAUUCCAUAACAAUGCCACAUGACUCACAUCCGCCUUUAGCUAUUUCUUCCAUGAUAGACACACACAAUACAUCAUCUACUGGUUCCACUGGUUCUGUGGCCUAUGUAGUCACGGUUUCUAAAGAUAAAAUCCCAAGAGACUUGCCCACAAGCUCAGAACCUGUGACUUUCUCAAUUCAAAGCUUGAAUAGCAGUCAUCAGAAGAGUUUCAACAUUGCACAAAUGUCCAAAAUCUCACAGGUAACCACUGAUUCUUCAGUCACAAAACAAAACCAGAAUAAUGGGAGCUCAAUCCCCCAAACCAAACACACAAUUACCCCUACACCAAUCUCAUCUAAACAUGAAUAUUUCACAACAAUUAUGGCCAGAUCAAAAAGCACCACACUUUCAUCUCCACAGUUGAUUUCCUUUGCAACAGCAGAGACUGGAAAACGGACAGCUUCCUCCUUGAUCAAAGCAUGGAAAAAUUCUAGUAAAUCUGAAGACAUACAUUCAACCAAAGAACACAGAAGUAGCCAGGCUAAUGUACCCACUACUCCUUCUCUUAUAACAUCUAUGACAAAAGGUACAUCUGCUGGAAGAACAUUCUUUUCGAAGUUAUACCACUCAAUAUCAGAGGACAUUUCCACUGAAAUCUCCAUCAAGAACUUGAGAUCUACAGCCACCACAGCAUCAGAAGAGGAUGCUACCAGCCAUAGGGAACAUACUGUGGUGACAUCAAACUUGGUAACUUCCAAAGAUCUAUCAGCCACUUCUUCAAACACAAAGACCAAACACAGUGAGACACAGACAUCUGCACUUUCAGAAUCCAUAGUUAAUUCUAUCAAUAUGAAACCUGCAACCACAUCAAGGACUAAUUCAGUUUGGGAAAAGUCCAUGUCUAAAAGUUUGGCAAGAUCUACAGAUGAGGCACCUACACAUUCUCCAAUUCCUGCUAAUGCAGACAGAUACAGUACCACUGCUCCUGUUUCUGUCACCUCCAUUGUCACAAUUUCUAAGAACCCAAUAGCUACUAGAUUAUAUACGACCACAAGAUCAAUGACUUCUUCCAUACCAAGCUCCAACAGUGCCCAACUCUCCAAAAUCCCACAGACAACCUCUGUUCCCUUGGUCACACCAGUGGAAGGCAUGAAAGAUAGCACUUACAAACAUGCUAUCACACCUAUAUCAGUCUCACUUGAAAAGGAGUCUUUUACAACUAUUCUGCCAACCAUGGAACAAGCCAGACUUUUACCUUCACAGUCAAUCUCAUCUGAAAGUACAGAGAUUGAGAAAGAUAAAUCUUUCCCCUUGAGAACAGCAUGGAUAGAUUUUAGUACAUCUGAAGACAUAAAUGCAACCACAGAAUACAGCACUAGCCAUAGUGAAAUUUCCACUAGUUCUCUUUUUGAAUCCAGGACAGGACUCAGGUCUGCUGAGAGCAUAUCCCUUUCAGACCUUCAGUCAACAUCACAAGAUACUUCCACUGGAACCUCCAUCAGUCUCCCUACCUCCACAAUCAGUGCAGAAUCAGAAGAGAUGAAAAGCAGACCAAUGGAACAUUCCUCAGUUAUCUCAGACAUUUUGACUUACCCACAUACAUCAAGCACUGUCUUAGUCAAGGGUACCCACUCCAGUGGGACACAUACAUUUCCACAUUCAGAAUCCAUGGCUCCUUUCAACAAUCCUGCUUCAGCAUCAUGGACACUAACUGCUGAGGAAGGGUCCAUGUUUACAGAUUCCACAAAAGCACAAGGGUCACUUUCACUGACCUUUGAUACUCCCUUGCCACACACUCACAGUAGUUACCUUCCUGAAUCUGUUGUCUCUUUGUUCACAAUUUCUAAGGAUUCAAUUCCAACAGAUUCAUACACAAGUUCAGGUUCUGUAACUGUUUAUACUCCAAAUUGGAGCAGCAUCUCUCAGCCAAGCUCCAACACUGUUCAUGCUUCUCAACUGUCACAGAUGAAUACAUUUUCCUCAGUCACACCAGGGUCCAACAUGGGAGUCAGCCAUACUGUACCUGAAUUCCAAUAUACGAUCACAUCUGUUUCAGUGCCAUCAGAAAAGAAAACUUUUCUUACUACCCUGCCCACUACAGAAGAAUCCACACUUUCACCUACACAAUCAACAUCAUAUGGAAAUACAAAUAUUGGUACACAGACAGUUACCCUCCUGACCACAUCGACACAAGUUAAUAUACCUGAGAAGGUGCAUUCAAGUACAAAUUUCUUUAGAACCCCUUCUGAAGUGACUAAUAGUUCCUCUACUCUGGUAUCAAGUACAAUAUCGAUGUCUCCUGAUAACACAAUACUUACAAUGCUUCAGCAUUUUACAUCAGAACACACCAAGUUUACAUCAGAAGAUAUGGCCAGUGGAAUUUUCACCAAGUUUUAUGAUUCCAACACCACCACAGAAUCAGAAGAAAUAUCUACCAGUCAGAUUAGGGACUCUAAUGUGACCUCAAACAUUACCCUCUCCCUAGAAACAUCAACCAUGUCAUCAGAGUCAGACAAUUUCAUGAGUCUCAGGCCAACCCCCACAAUCACAGAGACAUCCACAUUUCUAAGCCAAAGUUAUGAAGUCCCAUCAAUUGCAACUUUUUCAACUCUAAAAGGAAGCCAACUUGGCAAUUCUCCAGGAUAUCUUGAUGAAUCUUCCUUAACAUCAUCUGUUACUUCCACAGGAGAAAAUAGCACCCCCUCUCCUAGUUCUGUUGUCUCAGUCUUUACCUCUUCUAAGGAGGCAAUCACAUCCAGGUUGGAUAAUUUGUCUACUUCAUUUCCAAAUUGGACCACUAGUACACAGUCAAGCCAAGAGACUUCCCAGGUUACCAAAUUUUCACAGACAAGCUCUACUUCCUCUGUUAAGCCAGAAAUAAUUAUGGAAGUCAGCAGUUCCAUACCACAAUCUAAAUUCUCCAUCUCAGAAUCCAUUAGAGCUGGCAGAAUCCCUACAAGAAGCCCUCUCUAUUCCUCAGAAUCAGAAGACAUCACUCAUGGAAGCAACUCCAGACUCAUUACCUACCCUAGCACAAAAGAACACGUAGAGUUAACCUCCAUCUUUGGAGCAGCUAAUUCUGCGUCUUUACUGAAUGAUAACUUAUCCAGGGAUACUGCAACCCCUGUUGCUAUGGCAGAAUUUUCUUCACCUGAGCCUCAAACAUCUCCACAUUUAUCCUGGAUAUCUGAAUCUAGCACUUUUGAGAAACAGUCGCAAACAAGUUCUCUAUCCAAUGGAAAACACACCUUUGUGGAUUCUACAUCAACUAUGAUGGAGAAAACCACACUUUCACAUCUUGCUUCUACCUCUCAAGGACAAAAUGUCUCCUCCCUUGAUUCUCUGGCUGCACUAGUAACUUCUAUUCAAGAGACAAUCUCAAAUGGAAAAGAUACAGGUGAAACUUCUGGGAGCACCUUAAUUCAAAGCCUGGAUACUAUACGGCCUUCAACUCCAGGUUCUUCAUAUAACAUAAAAACCUUGCAGACAAGUCACAUUUCCUUUAAAAAUCCAGCAACAAGAGUAGAAACUGAUAGUCCUACAAUGCAUCCCCAAGACACUGUGCUAGUUAAUUCAGGUCCAUCAAGAAUAACUGAAAUUAUGACCUCACAAAGCAAUUCAGACAUAAUAAUUUUCCCAUCAAUGCCUUCAUCUAACCCUGCACAUGCAAAAACUCCAAAAGCUCUUCCCAUAACUUCAAUAGAACAGGGAACCAAAAUGUCUAAAGAUACUGGUUUGGUGACAAAACAUAGUUCUAGUCUUUUUACAGUAUCCACUAGCACUAUCCCUGAAAUUUCAAGAACAGAAAGAAACUCAAAUGAUAGAGCAUCCAUUUCAAGCUCUGUACCCUUUGUGAAGACAACAGACAUCACAAUGGGAAAUGCCUCCAGUAGAUCUACUGUUUUCUUUCCAAGCACUGACAUCAGUCAAGGAGUUAAUGUUGAGGAAUCACCUAACAUCACCACUCUUUUGAACAUAUCGGAUCCUACAGCUUACACUGUAACUCAGACAUUUAUAUAUUCAGACUCAAUCUCUCAUCCCAGCAGUUCUGAGUUACUCUCAACAACAGACUUUCCACUCCAUGAAACAACUUCCUCUGUGAAUUCUAUACAAACUAUACCUGGGACAGCAUCAUCUUUUCCUGCUACUUCUCCAUCAGAAAGACAAAGACUCUUCCUUCCCUCCUCUAGGGAAACAACCUCAGAGGAGUUGGACACAAACUUAGCUUCCUUUACAACUUCAUUUUCAAGCCGGAGCAACAGUGAGUUAGCCACUUCAAAGGACACCAGAACCUUACAAAAAUCUUAUAGUUCCACCAAAACUAAAGUAACCAGUGUGGACAUAACUACAUCUGGACCUCAGGCCCAAUACACUGUAUCAUCUGAGACUCUUUCUUCAGAUAGUAAUGCCUCUGCCUUGUUGACAAUACCAAUCAACACUUCUGCUUCUGCUUCCCUUCUAUCACCACAGAGCUCAAACUCCACUUCUUUUCCUAAGUCUUCAUUCCCCACUUCUGAACUGUUUAAAACAACAAAUAUAUUGAGAAGAAGCUUGGAAACUGGAAUAAGUUUGCCCUCAAAUUUGAGCAGCACAUCACUUGAAAUAUUGGGUUUAUCUGAAGUUACUACUGAUACAGAAAAACAUCCUUCUUCCUUAAGUUUCACUGUAACCAAUAUGAAUACUAUUAGUAUGGGACAUGAACUAAGUUCCUCUGCAUCAAUAUCCUCUGAGUCAUCUAGGGACACCAAUACAAUGGGUACUGAUCCCUCUGUAUGGAUGACUACUAUGUCCACAUCAUUGCCUAACCAUUUAGAAACAACACGAUCGAAUACUGACCCAGUUUCCUAUUUGACUUCUGGAAUGAGAGACACUAGCAUAUCCCAACAAACAAAUAAACCUUCAGCUCCUGUGUCCAUUCUCCAUUUGUCAAGUACUGAGACUGAUGUUACUUCUGCUAUGAAUAUAUCAAUCCCGAAUCAGACUCCAUCUCCAGAGUUAACUGAAUAUCCAGGAGAAAGAGUUACCAUCUCACAUCCUUCUUCACCUAUUGCAGAGUCUGGGUUGACAUCCUUUCCAGAAUACAAUUUUGCUAUGCCUUCAUCAAAAAGUAUCCAUGUUCCAAGAACUGAUACACUGCCUUCAGCUGAGAAUACUUUGGUUGACACAACAACAAUACUUUCUCCCACAGAGGAAAUGGCUUUAGUUGCCACAACCAGCCAUCCUACAGGCAGUUCAACUGUGACUUCUAAGAGUCCUCAUUCUAUAAUACAGUCAAGCGAUUUGUUUGCCACCAUUGCAACAAAAUUACCUUCUUCAAUUUCAACACCAUUGCCCUAUUCUGCUUCCACUAUUACUGACUCUACAGCCAGCUCAUCCAUCCAGAGGAUUAUUACUCCUUCAGAAAUGGAAGAUGGCAUGCAAUACCAUACAGAUAUAUCUAAAGGAGCUGCCCAUGGAGACACUGAAGGCCCGGGCAAAGGUGCUCUGGCUUCCACAUCACCUGCUAACCAUAAAGAUCCAGCCCCAGAAGGGACAGUAAAAGCAGAGACCACUGCCACAGCUCCGAAGGCUACUUCCAUUUUCACUUCAAACACCAAAAUGUCAACUACAUCUUCAAGACCCCUGACUCACAAGACAUCAGAGAAAACAACCAACACCAACCCAACAGAGAUGAUUAUCACAGCCUCGGAUGCUUCCCACAAUUUACUAGAGAUAACACCAUCAUUUUCGACAGGCCUUAGAGAAAAUACUAGUAUGGUUGCCAGGAAAAGCCCAUCUUCCUACAGUAGAGAAGCAGAAAUGACAGUCCCACAGAUCCCCAGUCUUACAACAAAGACCAUCCCAAAUGUUAAUACUUUGGCAGCCCUCUCUGCUGAGUCUGAUACAAUCUCAUGGAUCACCCAUGUUUUAGAGAUUACUUCAGCUGUUGUCAAGACAACCACAAAUGCUUCUCACAUUGAGUUAGAUUCCAUGGUGUCCACAGCCACCAGUCCCAGAGGAGAAGACAGGUCAACCAUUUCAACAGCAGCUGUUUCCCCUGCCAUACCAGACUUUGUAUCUAUUGAACAAGAAGGCAGAUCAUUUGGUCCAACUAUAGCCAUCUCAUCUAGUAUUUCUGAUAUGACAAACUUAGAACACCACAGUUCUAAGGAAGAUACAAGAACAUCUAAACCAAUUCUGACUCAUUCACCUUCUGAGCCAAACAACACAGUUUCUCUUAUCUCUCAUGCUGGGGAAAAGACUGGUUCACCCAUGUCUACUAUUGCUGUCUCUCCAGAUAUAACAAAAAUAAUGAGACCACUGUUCACUAGCUCUGGGAAAAGAAUCCAUACAAGAAACCCAACUAUUUCUCAAGAUCAAUCAGUAACCACAACCUCAUGGAUCACCCAGCCAGAAACAGAAGUCACUUCAAGAGUGUUAACUACAACCAUCUCACCUAAUAUUCAAGAGAUGGUAACCUUAAAAUCUGUAAAUCCUACUCCUAAACUACAGAACACAACUUCAUUGAUAACCAAUGGUGAGGAACAGCCCAGUUUAGCCAUUUCUACUCUGGCUGUCUCUCUAGGUGUAAUAGAAGGAACUCCAUCAGCUCUGCCUGUUUCUCUAGGUCAAAUAGAGACCACAGCCUCAUUGGUGACUCAUGCUGAAAAAGAAGCAAUUUCAGGGGCUUCACCUACCACCUUUUCAAAUAUUAUUCCAGAAAUGAUGACCUCAACAACACUUAUGUUUUCUGAACCACACACCACAGCUUCAUUGGUCACCCAUAAUGAAGAACAACAUAGUUCAGACAUGUCUACACUGCCUGCCUCUUCAGGUAUAACAAAAAUGAAACAAGCACUGGGCACUACCACAGGCAAAGAAAGCCAGUCAGUCAUUACAACUCUAGCUGUUUCCCCAGGUGUACCAAAGACCAGAUCUAUAAACAAUACAUCAAAUGUUCCAGACAUGAUGAUAUCAAAAUCUCAAAACAAUACUUUUUCUAAUGUACAGACCAUAACAUCACUGGUUACCCAUGCUGGAACCCAGUCCAGUUUAUCCAUGUCUACUGAAACAGCCUCUCCAAGUAUAACAAAAUUAACAACAUCACUGUUCACAGAUGUGGACACAGAAAAUGUUGCAAUAACUUCUAUGCCUAUUUCUUCAGGUCAAAUGGAAAAAAGAGCCCCAUCAGUCACCAAACCUGAAAAAAAGACCACUUCAGAGGUCCUAUCUAUCACCAUUUCAAAUAGUGUCAAACAAAUGAUGACCUCACCAACUGUUGUUCCUUCUGGACCACAUACUACAGUUUCAGUUGACACCCAUGUUGUGGAACAACUCAGUUCAGCCAUGCCAAUUCUGCAUGCCACUUCAGAUUCAACAAAUAUCAGACCAUCUCUGGGUACUAGAUCUGACAUGGAAAGCCAUUCAUUGGCUUCUACUAUGGAUAUUUCCCAAGGUCAAUUGGAAACCACAGCCUCAGGAGACACCUAUACUGUAAGAGAAGGCAAUUCACUAACACCAUCUACAGUCAUCUCAACCAAUGCCCCAGACAUAAUAACUUCAACAAUUGAGAAUCAAUCUUCCUCUGAUAUACAGACCAUAACAUCAUUAAUCACCCCUGGUGGGGAACACUCCAGUUUAUCUGUGCCUACUCAGGGUGUCUCUCCAGGUAUAAUGAAAGUGACACCAUCAUUACUAACUGACAUAGUCACAGAAGGCUAUACAAUGACUUCAACUCUACCUGUUUUCUCAGGUCAACCAGACACUACAACAUCAUGGGUCACACAUUCUGAAACAGAAGUCACUGCAGAGGUACUACCUAUUACCAUUUCAACUACUAUUCCAAAUAUUGUGACCUCACCAACUCCUAUUCCUUCUGAACCACAUACCACAGUAUCAUUAGUCACUCAUGUUGGGGGAGAUUCCAUAUUGGCUAUGUCUACACUGCCUAUCUCAGGAGCUAUAACAGAAAACAUCCCAUCAAAGGUAACUCACCCUGGCACAGAAGGCCAUUCAGUGACUUCCUGGGAUCAAACAGAAUUCACAACUCCAUGGGUCUCCCAUCAUGCAAAAGAAGGAACUUUGGAGGAUCUUUCUACAACCAUCUCAAACAGUGCUCCAGACAUGAUUAUUUCAAUAAAUAAGAAUCAAUCAUCUUCUGAUACACACACCAUAACAUCAUUUAUCACCCACACUGGGGGACAGCCCAGUUUAUCUGGGUCUACUCUAGAUGUCUCUUCAGCUAUAACAAAAGUUAAACAAUCAAUAUUCAAUGAAUUGGGUACAGAAAGCUAUGCAAUGAUUUCAACUCUUCCUGCUUCUUCACAUCAACUGGAGACUAGGACCAAAUGGGUCACUCAUUCUAAAACAGAAGCCAGGUCAGGAGUCGUAUCUACAACCAUUUCUUCUAAUGUGCCAGAAAUGAUGACCUCACCAACUCCUAUUGCUUCUGAACCACAUGCCAAAGUUUCAUUAGUCACCCAUGUUGGGGAACAACACAGUACAACCAUGCCUACUCUGACUGCCUCUUCAGGUACAACAGAAAUCAUACGGUCACAACGAACUCACCCCGACACAGAAAUCCAUUCAGUGACUUCAGCUUUGGAUGUUUCUGUAGGUCAAGCAAAAUUAACAACUGCAUGGGUCACCCAAUCAGAGAAAAAAGAGACUUCAGGGAUUCUUUCUACAACUACCACACCUCGUGUUCCAGACAUGAUGAAAUUAGCAACUCUAAACAAUACUUCUCCUGACACACAGAUGAUAACAUCAUUCAUCAGCCAUGCUGGGGGACAGCCCAGUUUAUCUGUGUCUCAACAGGACAUCUCUCCGGGGAUAACAGAAGUGACAACAUCACUCUUCACAGACUUAGGCACAGAGAGCUAUGCAAUUACUUCAACUAUGCCUGCUUCUUCAGGUCAAGCAGAGACUAGGAUACCAUGGGACACUAAUUCUGUAAUGGAAGCCACUUCUGGGGUUCUACCUACCAGCAUUACAUCCAAUGUUUCAGAAAUGAUUACUUCAUCUACUAUUAUUCCUUCUGAACCACAUUCCACAGAUUCAUUAGUGACCCAAGUUGGGGGACAGUCCAAUUCAGGCAUAUCAACUCUGCCUGGUUCUCCAAGUAGAACAGAAAUCAUACCAUCACUGGUCACUCACUCUGGCACAGAAAGUUAUUCAGUGACUUCUACUCUGGAUAUUUCCACAGGUGAAGCAGAAUCCACAUCCACAUGGAAUAUCCAUAGUGAAAGGGAAGGCACUUCAGAGACUAUGUUUAAAAACAUCUCAACUAGUGCUCCAGAUAUGAUAACCUCAGAAACUGAGAGACACUCUUCUUCUGAAAUAAAGAUCUUAGAAUCCUUGGUCACUGACAAUGGAGGAAAGCCUAGUUUUUCUGUGUCUACUCAGCAUGUUACUCCAGAUAUAACAGAAGUAACACCAUCAUUGUUUACCAACACGGGCAGUGUAAGCAACACAAUGACUCUUACUCUACCUGUAUCCACAGGUCAGCUAGAUACUAGAGCACCAUGGGUCAAUCACCCAGAAAAUGAAGCCACUUCUGGAGUUCUACGUACCACCAUUUCAAGCAGUGUUUCAGAAAUGAUGUCAUCACCAACUGUUAUUCCUUCAGAAUCACAUACCGCAGUUUCAUUAGUAACCCAAGUUGGAGGACAGUCCAGUUCAUCCAUGUAUACUCUGCCUGCCUCUACAGGAAGAACCAAAAUCAUACCACCACUGGUCACUCAUUCUGGCAUAGAAAGCCUUUCAAUGCCUUCUACUCUGGAUAUCUCCCAAGGUCAAUCAGAAUCCACAACAUUGUGGGCCACCCAUCCUCCUAGAAAAGGGACUUCAGAAGUUCUUUCAAAAACCAUCACAAGCAGUGCUCCAGCCAUGAUGAAUUCAACAAAUAAGAAUCAAAAUUUUUCUGAUAAACAAACUAUAAUGGCAAACAUCACCCAUGUUGGGGGAAAGCCUGGUUUAUCUGUGUCUACUCAGGGUGUCUCCCCUGGGAAAGCAGAAGUGUCAACAUUACUAUUCACUGACUUAGAGACAGAAAGUUAUGCAAUGACUUCAACUCUCCCUGUUUCUUCAGGUCAGGCAGCGACUAGGACACCAUGGGACAAUCAUCCAGAAAUGAAAGCAACUACUCAGACCUUAUCUAGAACCAUUUCAUCUGGUGUUCCAGAAAUGAUGACCUCACCAACUGUUAUUUCCUCAGAAUCACAUACUAAUGUUCCAUUAGUCACCCAUGAUGUGGGGCAAUCCAGUUCAGUCAUGUCUAUUCUCCCUUUCUCUCCAGGUAGAACAGAACCUAUUCCAUCUUUGCCCCCUAGCUCUAGCACAAAAAACUAUUCAGUGACUUCUAACCUGGAUAUUUCUAGAAAUCAAGCAGGAUCCACAACCCUUUGGGGCACCCAUACUGGAAACGGAAACACUCCAGGAUCUGUAUCUACAAUAAUCUCAACCAGUGCUCCAGACAUGAUGACUUCCAUAAUUAAGAAUCCAACUUCUUCUGAUACACAGACCAUAACAUCAUUCAUCACCCAUGCUGAGGGACAGCCCAGUUUAUCUGUGUCUACUGAAGGCAUCUCUCUUGGAAUAACAGAAGUGAAACCAUUACUACUCACUGACUUAGGUACAGAAAGCCUUGCAAUAACGUCAACUCUGCCUGUUUCUUCUGGUCAAGCAGGUACUAAGACACCAUGGGACACUCAUUCUGAAAUGGAAGACACUUCUGGGUUCUUAUCUACCACCAUUUCAUCUACUGUUCCAGAAAUAAUGACCUCACCAACUGUUAUUCCUUCAAAACUACAUACUACAGGUCCAUUAGUCACCCAUGUUCAGGGACAAGCCAGUUCAAUCAUGUCUACUCUCCCUUUUUCUCCAGGCAGAACAGAAAGUAUGCCACCACUGCUCACUAUCUCUGGCCCAGAAAACUAUCCAGUGACUUCUACCCAAGGUAUUUCUAUAGAACAAACAGGAUCUACAACCCCAUGGGACACCCAUACUGGAAGAGAAAACACUUUAGGCUCUGCAUCUACAAUAACCUCAACCAGUGCUCCAGACAUGAUGACUUCCAUAACUAAGAAUCCAACCUCUUCUAAUACACAGACCAUAGCAUCAUUCACCACCCAUGCUGAGGGACAGCCCAGUUUAUCUGUAUCUACUGAAGGCAUCUCUCCUGGGAUAACAGAAGUGAAACCAUUACUACUCACUGACUUAGGUACAGAAAACCUUGCAAUGACUUUAACUCUGCCUGUUUCUUCUGGUCAAGCAGGUACUAAGACACCAUGGGACACUCAUUCUGAAAUGGAAACUACUUCUGGGCCCCUAUAUACCACCAUUUUAUCCACUGUUCCAGAAACUAUCACCAUACCAAUUCUUAUUCCUUCAGAGCCACAUACUACAGGUUCACUAGUCACUGAUUUUGUGGGACAGCCCAGCUCAGCCAUGUCUAUGCUGCCUGAAUCUCCAGGUAAAACAGAAGUUAUACCACCACUUACCACUAGCUCUGGCACAGCAAAUUAUUCAGUAAUUUCAGCUCUAGAUAUUUCCACAAGUGAAGCAGAAUCCAGAACACCUUGGGCCACCCAUCCUGCUAGAGAAGAAACUUCAGAGGUUCUUUCCACAAAUAUCUCACCUAGUGUUCCAAACAUUAUGACAUCAACAACUCUAAACACUUCCUCUAAUACAGAGACCUUAACAGCAUUUAUUACCCAUGUUGGGGGACAGCCCAAGACCUCAAAGGCAUUUUCUAUAACCACUGCAACUACUGCUCCAGACAUGAUGACUUUAAUAACUAAAGAUCAAACUUCUGAUACACAAACUAUAACAUCAUUCAUCAGCCAUGCUGGGGGACAGCCCAGUUUAUCUGUGUCUCAACAGGACAUCUCUCCGGGGAUAACAGAAGUGACAACAUCACUCUUCACAGACUUAGGCACAGAGAGCUAUGCAAUUACUUCAACUAUGCCUGCUUCUUCAGGUCAAGCAGAGACUAGGAUACCAUGGGACACUAAUUCUGUAAUGGAAGCCACUUCUGGGGUUCUACCUACCAGCAUUACAUCCAAUGUUUCAGAAAUGAUUACUUCAUCUACUAUUAUUCCUUCUGAACCACAUUCCACAGAUUCAUUAGUAACCCAAGUUGGGGGACAGUCCAAUUCAGUCAUGUCUACUCUUCCUGUCUCUUCUGGUAGAACAGAAAGUACACAAUCAUUACUCAUUAGCUCUGGCCCAGAAAACUAUCCAGUGACUUCUACCCAGGAUAUUUCUAUAGCACAAGCAGGAUCUACAACCCCAUGGGACAUCCAUACUGGAAGAGAAAACACUUCAGCCUCUGCAUCUACAAUAACCUCAACCAGUGCUCCAGACAUGAUGACUUCCAUAACUAAGAAUCCAACUUCUUCUAAUACACAGACCAUAGCAUCAUUCACCACCCAUGCUGAGGGACAGCCCAGUUUAUCUGUGUCUACUGAAGGCAUCUCUCUUGGAAUAACAGAAGUGAAACCAUUACUACUCACUGACUUAGGUACAGAAAGCCUUGCAAUAACGUCAACUCUGCCUGUUUCUUCUGGUCAAGCAGGUACUAAGACACCAUGGGACACUCAUUCUGAAAUGGAAGACACUUCUGGGUUCUUAUCUACCACCAUUUCAUCUACUGUUCCAGAAAUAAUGACCUCACCAACUGUUAUUCCUUCAAAACUACAUACUACAGGUCCAUUAGUCACCCAUGUUCAGGGACAAGCCAGUUCAAUCAUGUCUACUCUCCCUUUUUCUCUAGGUAGAACAGAAAGUAUGCCAUCACUGCCCACUAUCUCUGGCCCAGAAAUCUAUCCAGUGACUUCUACCCAAGGUAUUUCUAUAGAACAAGCAGGAUCUACAACCCCAUGGGACACCCAUACUGGAAGAGAAAACACUUUAGGCUCUGCAUCUACAAUAACCUCAACCAGUGCUCCAGACAUGAUGACUUCCAUAACUAAGAAUCCAACCUCUUCUAAUACACAGACCAUAGCAUCAUUCACCACCCAUGCUGAAGAACAGCCCAGUUUAUCUGUGUCUACUGAGGACAUCUCUCCUGGGAAAACAGAAGUGAAACCAUCCCUACUCACUGACUUAGGUACAGAAAGCUUUGCAGUGACUUCAGUUCUGCCUGCUUCUUCUGGUCAAGCAGAAACUAAGACACCAUGGGACAGUAAUUCUGAAAUGGUAACAACUUCUGGGCCCCUAUAUACCACCAUUUCAUCUGGUGUUCCAGAAAUGAUGACCUCACCAACUAGUAUUCCUUCAGAACCACAUACUACAGUUCCAUUACUCACCCAUGAUGCAGGGCAACCUAGUUCAGUAACAUCUACUCUUCCUUCCUCUCUAGGUCAAACAGAAACUAUUUCAUCUCUGCUCACUAGCUCUGGCACAGAAAACUAUUCAGUGACUUCUAACCUGGGUAUUUCUGUAGAUCAAGCAGAAUCCACAAUCCCAUGGGGCACCCAUACUGGAAGAGAGAACACUUCAGGAACUCUACCUACAAUCAUCUCAACUAUGGCUCCAGACUUGAUAACCUCAAUUACUCAGAAUGUUUCCCCAAGUCUAUUGGUGACCACAACCCCUUUGGUCACCCAACCUGGUAGAGAAGGGACUUCAGAGAUUCUUUCUAUAAACACCUCUCCUAGUGCUGUAGACAUAAUGACAUCAAAAUCUAAGAUUCUUACUUCUUCUGAAACACAGACCAUAAUAUCAGUGGUCACCGAUGGUGAGGGACAGCCAAGUUUAUCUGUCACUACUCAUGAUAUCUCUCCAAGUAAAACAGUAUCAACACAAUCACUAUUCACUGACUUGGGCACAGGGAAUUUAAUGGCUUCUCCUCUGCCUGCUUCUUUAAGUCCAACAGAAACAAAAGCCCCUUCAGUCACCAAUCCUGAAACAAAAACCACUUCAGUGGUUCUAUCUACCACUACUUCAACUAUUGUUUCAGAAAUGAUGACAUCAUCAACUCUUAGUCCACAUACCACAGUUUCAUUCAUCUCCCAUGUUGGGGAACAAUCUACUUCAACCAUAUCUACUUUGCCUGCCUCUCCAGGUAGAACAGAAAACAUACCAUCACUAGUCACUCACCCUAGCACAAAAAGCCAUUCAGUAACUUCAAUUCUGAAUAUUUCCCCAGGUCAAGCGGAAUCCACUGCUCCAUGGGUCACUCACUUUGAGAAUGAAGGGUCUUCAGGGGCUCUUUCUACAAACAUCUUAAGUAAUGUUCCAGACAUAAUGACAUCAAAAACUCUAAACCAUACUUCUUUUGAUACACAGACCAUAGCACCAUUCAUCACCCAUGAUGAAGAACAGGCUAGUUUAUCUGUGUCUACUCAGAGUGUCUCUUCAGGUAUAACAGAAGCUACAUCAUCACUAUUAACUGAGUUGGCCACAGAAAAAUCUUCAAUCUCAUCAACUCUGCCUGUUUCUUCAUUUCCACCUGGGAGUAGAACCUCAUUGGUCACCCAUUCUGAAACAGAAGUCACCUCAGGGGUUCUACCUACCAUCUUAUCAGCUAGUGUUUCAAAUAUUAUGUCGCCACCAACUCUUAUUCCUUCAGAACCGCAUACGAUAAUUUCAUUCAUCACUCAUGUUGGGGAACAGCCAAGUUCAGCCAUGUCUACUCUGCCUGUCUCUUCAGGUAUUACAGAAAUUAUAUCACCACUAGUCACUCGCUCUGGCACAGAAAGCCAUUCAAUGACUUCAACUCUGGCUGUUUCCUCAGGUCAAUCAGAGAUUACAGCCCAAUGGAUCACCCAUACUGGGCAUGAAGGGACUUUGGGGAAUCUAUCUACAACCAACUCACCUCAUGUUCCAGAGAUUAUGACUUCAACAACGUUAAAUUACACUCUCCCUAAAUCACAGACCAUAGAAUCAUUAUUCACACAUGGUAGCCAACCCAGCUUAAACAUGACCACCAUGGCAUUUUCUUCUAGUAUACCAAAAUUGACAACAUCACUGAGUACAAAAUUGGGCACAGAAAGCCACCAUACUACUGUGGCUUUGUCUCCAAGUCUAUCAGAGACUACAGCAUCUUUGGUGACUCAUUCUAAAAAAGAAGUGCCUUUAAAUGUUUUAAAAACUACCAUUCCACCUACUAUUUUAGACAUGACAACCUCACCAUCUUUUUUCACUUCUGAACCACAUACUCCAAUUUCACUGGCCACCCCUCUUGAGAGACAACCUACUUCAUCUAUGUCUAGUCUGGCUGUUUCUCCUGAUAUAACAGAAAAGAUGCCAUUAUUAGUAACUAGUUCUAGUACAACAAUCCAUUUAGCAUCUUCAACUCUGGAUGCUUCUCCAGGUCAACUAGAGAGUUCUGCCUCAAUGAUCACUCCUUCUGAAAGAGAAGCCACCUCAAAUAUUCUAAGGACAGACAUUUCACCUAAUGUUCCAGACUUGAUAGCUUCAACAACUCAUAUUGCUUCUGAACCAUAUACCACAAUAUCAUUGGACACUUACGUUGGGGGACAAUCCAGUUCAAGUAUUUCUACUCUGACUAACUUUCCUGGUAUAAAAGAUAUGAUACCACUGUCCACUACUUCUGUUGUAGAAACAGAUACAACUGCUCCAACUCUGUCUGUUCCUGCUGAUCAAAGAGAGACCACAGCCUCGUGGGUCACCCAUUCUGGAAAAGAAGUCAUGUCAACAGUAUCCAGUCCAUCUACUUUACUUGGUGAUUCAGAAAGAACUGAAACAUGGCUCAUACUUUCUGCCAAGACCAACACCCCACACCCAACAACAACUUCCACAUUUUCUUAUAGUGACAUUGCUUCCUCAGCAUCUAAGGUAGAAACCAGCUCAGCCACAACUCUUUCAUCUAGUGCUUCUGAAGAAGCAGCCUCUCACUCUGUCUACACUGGGAUUGAGACAAGCACAUCGACUCUAACUGUAACCCCUUCAUCUAUUUUACCAGGAACCAUAGGCAUAUGGCCUUCCAGCCCUUCCACAGAAUAUGCUCUGGAUAUGUUCUCUAGUUUCCCUGGAUUUCCUGUUCAUCAUACAACUAGUAAAUCUAGUACUGCAACUUCACAAAACAUAGAAAUGUCACCAUCUCUCAGUACAAUUAGAUUUGCAGAUUUUGUCACUGAGGUCAUAAGCCCCACCAUGACCUUGUUACCAUCAGAGUCUUCAACACAGGCACUCACUAACCUGGAAACUACAAGUGAAACCACUCAUUCAACUACCACGAUUUCAAGACCUACUGGGAAUAAGAUCACAACUACACUACAUGGAAGUUCUUUUUCCCUUCUGACCACACGUAGAAUGUCCACAUUGUCUCCUGAGAAUGUGACUUCAAGGCCAACUACAAGCCCAUCUCUGUUACCCUUCACCCUCAAUUUCACUAUAACCAACCUGCAUCAUACAGAGAGCAUGGGAUCUCAAGAAUCUGAAAUAUUCAACAGCACAGAGAGGAUCUUGAAUAGCCUGCUCAAGCCCAUGUUCAAGAAUAGCAGUAUUGGACAUGUUUAUUCUGGCUGCAGACUGAUCUCACUGAGGCCUGAGAAAGAUGGAACAGCCACUGGAGUGGAUGCUGUUUGCACUCUCCAUUCUGAUCCCUUGGGCUUUCAGCUGGACAGAGAGAAGCUGUACUGGGAACUGAGCCAUAAUACCCAGGGUGUCACCAAGCUAGGAUCCUUCACUUUAGAAAAGGACAGUCUGUACAUCAACGGUUUUACACAUAUAAGUACCUCUGCUUCCACUCUCAACACUCCAGUGACUUCCUCUCUGUUUUUCACUGAGACCUCCACUGCAAAACCUAUCCUCUCUACAGUGACAGGUUCUCCUCUGGUGCCUUUCACCAUCAACUUCACCAUCACUAACCUCGAAUAUGAGGAAGGCAUGAGUCACCCUGGGUCCUGGAAAUUCAAUGCCACUGAGAGAAUCCUACAGAGACUGCUUUGGCAUUUGUUCAAUAAAACCAGUAUCAGCCUCCUGUUUUCUGACUGCAGACUGGCAUUGCUCAGGCCUAAAAAAGAUGGAGCAGCCACAGGAGUUGAUGCCAUCUGCAUUCAUCAUGCAGACACAACUGGACCUGGGCUGGACAAUGAACGGGUCUUCUGGGAAUUGAGCAACCUGACCAACAAGGUUACUCAGCUGGGCCCUUACACCUUAGACAAGAACAGCCUUUACAUCAAUGGUUAUACACACCAGAUCCAGUCCAUCACAUCUCCAACUACAAGCCCAUCUCUGUUACCCUUCACCCUCAAUUUCACUAUAACCAACCUGCAUCAUACAGAGAGCAUGGGAUCUCAAGGAUCUGAAAUAUUCAACAGCACAGAGAGGAUCUUGAAUAGCCUGCUCAAGCCCAUGUUCAAGAAUAGCAGUAUUGGACAUGUUUAUUCUGGCUGCAGACUGAUCUCGCUGAGGCCUGAGAAAGAUGGAACAGCCACUGGUGUGGAUGCUGUUUGCACUCUCCAUUCUGAUCCCUUGGGCCUUCAGCUGGACAGAGAGAAGCUGUACUGGGAACUGAGCCAUAACACCCAGGGUGUCACCAAGCUAGAAUCCUUCACCUUAGAAAAAGACAGUCUGUACAUCAACGGUUUUACACAUAUAAGAACCUCUGCUUCCACUCUCAACACUCCAGUGACUUCCUCUCUGUUUUUCACUGAGGCCUCCACUGCAAAACCUAUCCUCUCUACAGUGACAGGUUCUCCUCUGGUGCCUUUCACCAUCAACUUCACCAUCACUAACCUCGAAUAUGAGGAAGGCAUGAGUCACCCUGGGUCCUGGAAAUUCAAUGCCACUGAGAGAAUCCUACAGAGACUGCUUUGGCAUUUGUUCAAUAAAACCAGUAUCAGCCUCCUGUUUUCUGACUGCAGACUGGCAUUGCUCAGGCCUAAAAAAGAUGGAGCAGCCACAGGAGUUGAUGCCAUCUGCAUUCAUCAUGCAGACACAACUGGACCUGGGCUGGACAAUGAACGGGUCUUCUGGGAAUUGAGCAACCUGACCAACAAGGUUACUCAGCUGGGCCCUUACACCUUAGACAAGAACAGCCUUUACAUCAAUGGUUAUACACACCAGAUCCAGUCCACCACAUUUCCAACAGCAGGGCCCAUUCUGGAGCAUUUUACUGUCAACUUCACCAUCAUUAACUUAAUGUUUGAGGAGGACAUGAGUCACCCUGGAUCUAGAAAGUUCAAUAUCACUGAGAGAACCCUACAGAGCCUGCUGAAGACAUUGUUCAAAAAAUCCAGUGUCAGAGCCCUGUAUUCUGGCUGCAGACUGUCCUUGCUCAGACCUGAAAAUGAUGGUGCAGGCACAGGAGUGGAUGCUGUCUGCACUUACUAUCCUGAUCCUGCUGGCCUUGGACUGGACAGAAAAAUGAUGUAUUGGGAGCUUAGCAGGCUGACCUAUGGUAUCAACAGGUUGGGCCCUUACAUUCUGGAUGAGAAAAGUCUCUAUGUUGAUGGUUACACACAUCAGAUCAUGGCUACCACUACUCGGACACCUAUGAUGACCAUUGCUUCUAUGGAAAUGAUAAGCAACUCUCCAAGUCUUACAGCAGGACUUGUGCUGGUGCCAUUUACCAUCAACUUCACUGUCACUAAUCUAGAGUAUGUAAAGGACAUGGGUCACCCUGGAUCCAGAAAGUUCAACACCACUGAGAGAAUCUUGCAGAAACUGCUCAGAGCAUUAUUCAGUAAAACCAGUAUUGGACCCCUGUACUCUGGAUGCAGACUGAUUUUGCUCAGACUUGAGCACAAUGGGACAGCCACAGGCAUAGAUGCCAUCUGCACCUACCACCCCAACAUUUCUAAUCAAGAGCUGGACAGACAACGUGUAUACUGGGAGCUGAAAAAACUGAACAUCAUGCAGCUAGGGCCCUACAUCCUGGACCAAAACAGUCUUUAUGUCAAUGGUUAUACACAGCAGAUUCUGGCCACCACCCACAGGCCUUCAGUGUUGGCCACUGUUUCUGAAGGCAUACCAAACAUUUCUUUUACCCCAACAGCAACCAGCCCUGCUCUGGUGCCUUUCACCAUCAACUUUACCAUCACUAACCUGGAGUUUGAGAAGGAUAUGGAUCAUCCUGGAUCCAGGAAGUUCAAUAUCACUGAAAGAACCCUACAAAGCCUGCUCAGACCCUUGUUCAGCAAAACCAGUGUUGGUCAAUUGUAUUCUGGCUGCAGGCUAAACUUUCUCAGGCCAGAGAAAAAUAGGGCAGCCACAGGGGUGGAUGCCACUUGCACCUACCACCUAGAUCCUGCUGGCCACAGGUUGGAAAGUAAACAGAUAUAUGAGGAGCUGCGCAGUCUGACCCAGAGUGUCACCCAGCUGGGCCCCUAUACCCUGGACCAGAACAGUCUCUAUGUCAAUGGUUACAGAAACCAGAUCCUGGCUACUACCCCCAGAGCCUUGAGCUCUGCUCUGCUAAGGUGCACUCUUAACUUCACCAUCACAAACCUACCCUACAUGAGUGACAUGUUGGUUCCAGGAUCGGCCAAGUUCAAUAAAGUGGAGAAAAUCCUGAAGCUCCUGCUCAAACCCUUGUUCCAAAAUACCAGUGUUGGCUUGCUGUAUUCUGGAUGCAGGCUGACCUCACUCAGGCCAAAAAAGAAUGGAGAGGCCACCAAAGUAGACAUGGUCUGUACUUACCAACCAAACUCUACAGGCACUGGUCUGGACAGAGAGCAAUUAUACUUGGAAUUAGAACAGCUCACCCACAACACUACUCGAUUGGGUCCCUAUACCCUGGACCAGAAUAGUCUCUAUGUCAAUGGUUAUACACAGGAGACUGCAGUAACCAGCCCCAACAAAUCAUCCUUGGAGUUAUUUACCUUCAAUUUCACUAUCACCAACCUUCUGUACACGGAGAACAUGCAGCCUGCAGGAUCAAGGAAAUUUAACAUCAUAGAGAAGAUCCUGCAAGACCUGCUUGGGCCCUUGUUCAGGAACACCAGUAUAAGCCUUUUGUAUGCUGGCUGCAGACUGACUUUGCUCAGUUCCAGGAAGGAUGGAAAAGCCACUGGAGUAGAUACAGUUUGCACCUAUUACCCUGACCACAUGGGUCAUGGGCUAGUCACAGAGCAACUCUAUUGGGAGCUGAGCAAGCUGACCCAUGGUGUCACUCAACUGGGCCCCUACACUCUAGAUGAAGACAGUCUCUAUGUUAAUGGUUACACACAUUCAGCCUCAGGUACCCUCCUUAAUACUUCCUCUCUGGCUCCAUCCUCUACAAACAAUUCCACAGGCAAUCGUACUGUCACGAUACCCAUAACUCUCAAUUUCACCAUAACCAACUUGCACUAUACAGAGGAGAUGGUACAUCCAGGUUCCUUGAAGUUCAACUCUACUAAACGGAUCUUACGUUAUUGGCUUGAUACUUUACUCAAUAAGACCAGCAUUGCCCCACUUUACUCUGGCUGCAGAUUGGCUUCAUUCAGGUCUGAUAAUCAUAGAGCAGCCACAGGAGUUGACAUCAUCUGUAACUUUCAAUCUUACUCCAUGAGUCCUGGAAUAAACCAAGAUCAACUAUUUUGGGAGUUGAGUCGUGGGACCCAUGGCAUUACCCAUCUGGGCCCCUACACCCUAGACCAGGAUAGUCUCUACAUAAAUGGUUAUAGUUUUGGAGCUGCAUCUCUAAAUACCACCACUGUAGAACUCAGUGAGGAGUUGUUCACAGUGAACUUCACCAUCAACAACCUGCGCUACUCAGCUGAUAUGAGCCAAACUGGCUCCCUCAAAUUCAAUAUCACAGACACACUCAUGCAGCAUUUGCUCAGCCCAUUGUUUCAAAGGAGCAGUCUUGGCCCCCUAUACACAGGCUGUAGAGUGGCCACUCUAAGAUCAGUGAAGAAUGGUGCCCAGACCCAGGUAGAUGUCCUUUGCACUUACCGCCAGGUUUUCAACAGUCGGGGACUGCCUGCCAAGCCAAUUUUCUAUGACCUAAGCUGGCAGACUCAUGGAAUCACCAAGCUGGGUCCUUACUCCUUGGAUAAAGACAGCCUUUUCAUCAAUGGUUACAAUGAACCUGGUCCAGAGCUACCUCCUACAACUCCAGAUCCAGCCACCACCAUCUUGCCCUCCCCAACAACACCUCUGCAGCCAGAGUUCAACACAGCUAUGUGGCACAACCUGGAAACCUUCACAAUCAACUUUACCAUCACCAACCUGCCAUAUUCAUUAGACAUGAUCAGUGGCUCAGCCAUGUAUAACUCCACUGAACAUGUCCUACAACACCUGCUUGAACCCUUGUUCCAAAAUGAAUCCUUCAACUCAAGUUGCAGACUGACCUCCCUCAGACCUGAGAAAAAUGGAACAUCCACAGGCGUGGUUACCGCCUGCACCUACCAGCAUGACCCUGCACAUCCUGGAAUGAGCACACUGGGUCUGUACUCAGAACUGAGCCAUCUGAGCCAUGGAGGCACCCAGCUGGGAAACUACACACUGGAGGAGAAUAGCCUCUAUGUGAAUGGUUACAAUGUUCUUGGUCCAGACACAGUUACUACAACUCCUGAGCCAAGCACCACCAUCCAGACUUUUACACUGACAUCUGUGCAGCUAGCAUCCACAGCAGCUGGAGGGCACCAUCUGAAGACCUUCACAAUCAACUUCACCAUCUCUAAUCUUCCAUAUUCAGCAGACAUGAACUACAACUCAGCCAUGUUCAACUCUACUGAGAGUGCUCUACAGCACCUGUUUACACCCUUGUUCCAGAAUAUCUCCUUCAACUCAAGCUGCAGACUAAUCUCCCUAAGGCCUGAGAAGACUCAAAACUCAACUAGUGUGAAUGUGAUUUGCUCCUACCAACAUGACUCUGCACUUCCUGAGCUGCAUACACAAGAGCUGUAUUCAGAGCUGAGCCAUUUGACUCAUGGAUUCACUCAACUGGGCAACUAUACAUUGGAAAAAGACAGUCUCUGUGUGAAUGGUUACAAUGAAACUGGUACAGGAAAACCAACCACAAAUCCUGAAACAGCCUCUACUAUGCUGCCUUCUCCAUCAAUACUUGUGCAAACAGAAUCCACCACAGCUGUGGGGCACUACUUGAAGACUGUCACAAUAAGCUUCACCAUUUCCAACCUUCCAUAUUCAUCACAUAUGAACAAUGGCUCUGCUGUGUUUAACUCCACAGAGACUGUUCUGAAACACCUGCUUGAACCCUUGCUCCAUAACGGUUCUUUCAGCUCCAGUUGCAGACUGGAUUCCCUCAGGCCUGAAAAAAAUGGAACAGCUACUGUUGUAGAAGCCAUCUGCACCUACUACCAUGAUGCUGCAAAUCCUGGGAUUGACAGCCAGGAACUGUACUCAGAGCUAAGCCAUCUUACCUAUGGAAUCACCCAGUUAGGCAACUAUACACUUGACAAAGAAAGUCUACAUGUCAAUGGUUAUAAUGAACCUUAUUCAGAAGAACCUGCUACAGCUCCUGAGCCAGCCACUACUGUACAACCUUCUCCAUCUACAUCUUUCCUGGCAGAACCUACCAAAGGGAGCCAUAUGAAGAUUCUUACAAUCAAUUUCACCAUAUCGAACCUUCCAUAUUCAUCAAAUAUGAGCAAUGGUUCAGCUAUGUUCGGCUCAACUGAGAGUAUUAUGCAGCACCUGCUUGUUCACUUGUUCCAGAAUAGUUCCCUCAAUUCAAGUUGCAGACUGGAUUCCCUUAGGUCUAGGAAGAAUGGUACAGCCACGGGUGUGGAUGUCAUCUGCACCUACCACCAUGACCCUGCACAUCCUGAGAUGGACAUCCAAGGGCUGUACUUAGAGAUUAACAAUCUAACUCGUGGAAUCACCCAGCUGGGCAACUACUUACUAGACAAGGAUAGUCUAUAUAUCAAUGGUUAUAAUGAACAUGGUGUAGAAGAGCAUUAUACAGCUCCAGAGUCACCUACCACCAUUCUGCCUUCUCCAUCAACAUUUGUGCAGGAAGAACACACAAUGGCCAUAGGGCAUUUGAAGACUUUCACACUCAAUUUCACCAUCUCCAACCUUCCAUACUCAGCAGACAUGAGUACAGGCUCAGCCACAUUCAAUUCCACUGAGAGGAUCCUGCAGCACCUGAUUAGACCCUUGAUCCAGAAUGAAUCCCUCUACUCAGAUUGCAGACUGGCUUCACUCAGGCCUAAGAGGAAUGGAACAGCCACUAGGGUGAAUGCUAUCUGCUCCUAUCAUCCUAACCCUGAACAUCCUGAGCUUGACACUCAGGAGCUGUAUACAAAGCUGACACAGUUGACCCAAGGAAUCACCCAGCUUGGCAGCUACACGUUGGACCAGAAUAGUCUCUAUGUCAAUGGUUACACUCACCAGACUGCAGAAACUACUUCUAGUGGCUACCAUGUACCUCUGAAUGUAACCAUACAGGGCAAGUACCGGCUAAACUUCUGCAUCAUCAACUGGAAUCUUAACAGCACAGACCCAACAUCUUCAGAAUAUAUCACCCUAGAAAGGGACAUUGAAGACAAGGUCACCACACUCUACACAGGCAGCCAGUUAAAAGAAGUAUUUCUGUCUUGCCUAGUCACCAACAUGACGUCUGGCUCCACAGUGGUCACUAUUGAGGCAUUGUUCUCCUCUUAUCUGGAUCCCAACCUUGUGAAGCAAGUCUUCUUGAAUAAGACACUGAAUGCCUCCUCCUACUGGCUGGGUGCCACCUAUCAGUUGACAGAUCUUCGUGUGAUAGACAUGAAGACAUCAAUUCUUCUGCCAGCAGAAAUACCAACAACCAGUUCUAGUUCUCAGCAUUUCAACCUCAAUUUCACCAUUACCAAUCUACCCUAUUCCCAAGACAUAGCCCAGCCAGGCACCACCAAACACCAGCAAAACAAAAGAAGUAUUGAAUAUGCGCUCAACCAGCUUUUCAGAAACAGCAGCAUCAAGAGUUACUUUUCUGACUGUCAAGUUUUAACCUUCAGAUCUGUCUCCAACAACAACCACACAGGGGUAGAUUCCCUGUGUAACUUCUCACCAUUGGCUCGGCGAGUAGACAGAGUUGCUAUCUAUGAGGAAUUCCUUCGGAUGACACAAAAUGGCACCCAGUUGCUGAACUUCACACUGGACAGAAAGAGUGUCUUUGUGGAUGGGUAUUCUCAGAACAGAGAUGAUGAUGUGAUGAAGAAUUCUGGUCUUCCUUUCUGGGCUAUCAUUCUCAUCUGCUUGACGGUACUACUGGUACUCAUCACAUGCCUGAUGUGCUGUUUCCUGGUUACUGUUUGCAGGAGGAAAAAGGAGGGAGACUACCAAGUUCAACGUCGCCGCCUUGCUUAUUAUUUGUCUCACCUGGACCUGAGGAAGCUCCAGUGACUACCUGCCAGUAAUGCCUCUUCCUUAAUAGGAUUCAAAGAAUAAAUAAAUGAUAUUGG